ACAGACAAUACCCACAAGGGCUUGGAAACAGACAAACCUAAAGACUGGGAAGUUAGCAGUACUCAAAAGAAAGUUGGACUUUUCAGAAUGAGGGCCUGAGAGGAUAGAAAAAAUGGAAAGAAAAGAAUAAACAACCUCACCUGACCACCGCAAAGGAGAUACUGAGUCUACUGUGGCCAGAAAGCAGAGCAGAGCUGACAAGGCAAAAGGGUCCAGGGAGUGAUCGAGCUCUUAAAGAACUAAACAACUGUUACAAAAGUGCUGGAGAACAAACUUUCCCCACAACAUUCUGGAUUGAACUCCAAAUCAACUCCGACUGAGGAAGACUAAGACAUAAAAAAAAAAAAAAUCUGCUGCACUAAGGCUAGCUGAGAUCUGUCGUUGUGGUCAUGAGAAUCUUCAAUAAGAACCUUCGCCUUCAGGACAUCACCAUCAUGUACUUCACUGCCUUGGCCGCUCUGAUGGUCAUCUUGGUGGCUUCCUAUCAGGCACCCACCAGCGCUGUCGAAGUGUCCAACCUUAAAUCAAACCUCUCCAGGCCUCUCCCACCCCUCCCUAUGCCCUUCCGAGUGCCUCUCGACCCACGCGGGGAGCUCCAGCUGGCCUGGAACAUCAGCUACAAGAACCAGGAGGUUUACAUGGAGCUGAGGAUCGCAGAGCUCAAAUACGGCGUGGUCCUGGGGAUGUCUGACCGUGGAGAGCUGACCAACGCUGACCUAGUGGUGCUGUGGAACACAGGGACUAAAAGCUAUUUUGGGGAUGCGUGGAGCGACAGUGAGGGCCGUGUUUCACUGGACAGCCAACAAGACUACGAGUUGAUCGAAGCCAAGCAGAAACCUGACGGAUACUAUCUGCUCUUCAAAAGACCGUUCAGUACCUGCGAUCCCAGAGACUACCUCAUAGAGGAGGGAACUGUGCACAUCAUCUAUGGAUUCUUGGAUCAACCUCUUGCUUCACUGGAGCAGCUGAACCUUUCCCGGAUCCACACUGGAGUACAGAGAGUGCUGAUGCUGCGCCCCGACACACCCUCACCCACACUGCCUCCAGAUGUGCAGACGCUGGAUGUCUUGGCACCAAAUGUCAUCAUACCAAGCCAAGAGACCACCUAUUGGUGCUUCAUACAGAAGCUGCCUGAAAACAUGCCCAAGAACCACAUUGUUAUGUAUGAGUCAGUGAUAACUCCAGGUAACGAGGCCAUCGUGCAUCAUAUUGAAGUGUUUGAAUGUUCUCCGGAUGUCCGCAACGUUCCAGAGUACAGCGGAUCCUGCGAUGACAAGAUGAAGCCGGGCAAGCUCAACUUCUGCCGCCAUGUGCUGGCUGCAUGGGCUAUGGGUGCUGAGGCUUUUUACUAUCCUCCUGAUGCAGGGCUGCCUAUGGGUGGACCGGGUUCAUCAAGGUUCCUGCGUCUGGAGGUCCAUUACCACAACCCCCUCCUCAUAUCUGGCCGCCGUGACUCAUCAGGGAUAAGGUUGCAUUUCACUCCAAGUCUGAGGCCUUAUGAUGCGGGGAUAAUGGAGCUGGGCCUCGUUUACACCCCUCUCAUGGCUAUCCCACCCAAACAACACUCCUUCUACCUUAGUGGAUAUUGCACCUCCAAGUGUACCCAGACUGCUUUGCCUCCUGGAGGAAUCUAUAUAUUUGCAUCCCAGCUGCACACCCAUCUGGCAGGCCGUGGGGUGAGGACAGUUUUGGUGAGGGGAGGUAAAGAGCUUGAGAUAGUACAGGAGGACCAGCACUUCAGCACACACUACCAGACUAUCAGAGUUCUAAGGAAAAUGGUGAACGUUUUACCUGGCGACGUCCUCAUAACAAAGUGCACUUAUAACACAGAAGACAGGAGCAAGCCUACAGUGGGAGGUUUUGGCAUCAUGGAAGAAAUGUGCGUUAACUACGUUCACUACUACCCUCGAACCAAACUGGAGCUUUGCAAGACCCACGUUGACGCAGGGUACCUGCAGAAGUACUUUAACUUCAUUAACAGGUUCCACGGAAAUGACCAGUGUGUGUGUGGUGAGGUAAGUGUGACAGAGCAGUAUUCUCAGCUGCAGUGGGACGCGUUCACCGGAGAAGUGUUGGACUCCCUUUACAACACAGCCCCCAUCUCCAUGCACUGCAACCAGUCAACGGCACAACUCUUUCCUGGAGAGUGGGACAAACAGCCUAUACCAGUGGUUACCUCCAUCCUUGAAAAACCUCGAUACCCCUGUGAGGGAGGAGCUCUACCCACCGGCCGACCCCUUACACCCACAGUCUAAACGAGGCGGUUGGGUGCUUCAGCCUGGUGAGAGGGCACCAAAUUGGGGAAAGUUAACAAAGCUCCUGUGACUUUGCAUAACUUGAGCUGAUUUUAUAUGUGUUUGUAUGGGGACAGAUAACAUCCUCUGUUGGGUUGUUGGACACCUGCUGUAGUUAUACGCUAUAUAAACAUCCAUUGUCUGUGUUAUUAUUAGUAUACACACAGUAAUAAUAAUCCCAUUAAUAUGUCAUGUUUAAAAGCAGUGGACAAAGGCAUUAUUUCUGACACUCAGGAUUGGGAAUUCUAUGUACUAAAGAAAAUUGCCACUAACAGAUUGGUGCUGGGGACCAAAGUGUUGUAAAUCAAAGCUGUUUUUCCACUGAUUUUUCCCAUCCUUCAUAUUUAUUUCAUUCCCCAUUGGUUCUGAUAAUGACUAACAAAUAUCAUUAGGACAAGAAACAUUAUCAUGUUAUUUGGGGAAUAAUUUCAGUCUGAAAUACACAUCUGUAUAAUGAAUGACCUGAGCUAUAAUCACAGUCAGAAAGAGAGAGAGAGAAAAAAAAAAUCACUCAUUAGUUGUAUAGUUUGUUUAGUUUACAACUGCAAUUCUCACUCUUUUCUGCAACAUGCCCCUGUGUGUCUUGGCAUUAUUUUUGUGUUAAAGAUAAUAAUAAAAAUAAAGAUGAGGAAAAAUGUCAA